GCUAAACUCAGCUUCAAGAAUUUUCUUGCAUAACAAGAAAGUAUUAAAGCUUUGUCUUAACUCAAGAGACGAGAGAGAUGACAGAGAAGGAUCUUCUUUACGACACAAUACUUGCUCGUAGCUUUAGCAGAAACGAGCAGAAGAGACUUGGCUAUGGAGCUUUCAUUGCCUCUCUUCUCUUCGUCUUCACUCUUUGCACUGUCUUUAAACCUUAUCUCAGCCCUUUACCAAUCGUGGAGUUGCAAUUACCAGUGAACGCUGGUCUUAGGAUUCUAAGAAUAACAGAAACGCAGAAACCUCAAGCGUCAAGUAGCACCAACAAUGCAACAUCUGGAGAUUUUGAGAAUCUGGCUCUCUCUAAUGAUCAAAUCAACAUUACAUUAAAUGCAGCCACUCCUCAGAGCUUAACUAGUUCUAAUGAUCAUGAGCUUAGUGUCUACAACGACACAAGCUUGCCCAAGGCCGAGAAUCAUAUUGAUUCGUUUAACUCUACUACUAACACAACAAUCUCUAAAGAACAAGUUAUUACAGAAGGAAAUAAAAUGGAGAAAACAAUGAAACCUAUAUGUAAGAAGCUAGCAAGAACCGAUAUAUGCGAAUUAAACGGCGACGUAAGAGUCCACGGUAAAUCCGCGACGAUUCAUGCAACAAUCGCGUUUGCGUUUUCAGGAAACUCCACGUGGCAAAUUCGACCAUACGCGAGAAAAGGUGACGUGGCGGCGAUGAAUCAAGUGAGAGAAUGGACUUUGAAACUGAAACAAAAAAACGUCGAGAACGCUAAUUUCUCGCGUUGCGUUAGGAAUCACAGCGUCCCGGCGAUACUAUUCUCUCUCGGAGGCUACUCGAUGAACAACUUCCACGAUUUCACCGACAUCGUGAUCCCUCUCUACACGACGGCGCGUAGAUUCAACGGAGAGGUUCAAUUCCUCGUAACGAACAAGAAUCAGCCGUGGAUCAACAAAUUUAAAAAUAUAUUAAAGAGUCUCUCGAACUAUGAACUCAUUUACAUCGACGAAGAAAACGAAACGCAGUGUUUCAGCAGCGUAACCGUCGGUCUCAACCGUCACCGUGAGUAUUACAAAGAGCUAACAAUCGAUUCCGAUUCCGAGUAUUCGAUGUCCGAUUUCAGAAGAUUCCUUAGAGACACAUACUCGCUGCGUAACGCCGCGGCGAGGCCCGUGAUCACGAGGCGGAAUCAACGGCGUAAGCCACGGAUGCUGAUUUUAGCGAGGGGGAGAUCGCGAGCCUUCACGAACGCCGGCGCGAUCGCUAGAUCCGCGAGGCGAAUCGGAUUCAGAGUCGCGGUGGCGGAAGCGAACGCAGACGUCGCGAGUUUCGCACAGACGGUGAAUUCGUGCGACGUUAUGGUCGGCGUUCACGGCGCGGGGCUCACGAACAUGGUGUUCUUGCCGGAGAACGCCGUCGUGAUUCAGAUUCUUCCGAUCGGUGGAUUCGAGUGGCUCGCGAAGACGGAUUUCGAGGAGCCUUCGAAGGGGAUGAGUCUGAGGUAUUUGGAGUAUAAGAUCGCGGAGGAGGAGAGCACGCUUUUGCGGCGGUACGGACGCGAUCAUGAGAUCGUGAGAGAUCCUUCGGCGGUUGGGAAACGCGGGUGGGAGAUGUUCCAGUCGGUUUAUUUGGUGCAGCAGAAUGUGAGUAUUGAUAUAAACCGGUUUAAACCGGUUCUUGUCAAAGCUUUCGAGCUAUUGCAGAUGCAGGCG